GCGCUGCCAAGGGUGAUGCCGAGAAGCGUCUGAGCGUGCAGUACACAGCGAGUGAGGGAUGCCCCGACAACGUCUUCUUCCCCAGCUCGCGGCCCCCGCACCUGGAGGAGCUGCACAACCAGGCCCAGCAAGGCCUGAAGUCCCUGCAGCACCAGG